AUGUCCUUCGACCCAAGCACUGCCACGCCCUCAAACCGCCGCCGGCUCGGUACCCCAGACAAUGAAUCCGAUCAAGGCCGCCCAGCGCGAAGACAAUGGCACGAGGGCACCCCUGCCUCCCCCCGCGUCGCAUUCAACCCAUUGCUGCACUUGAACCCCACCGACCCCAAGGGAGCCCGCGAGGACCCCAAUGAGCUGUCACUAAGCCUGAUUGGUCCGCUUCCGGCAUCUGACCGAUCAGCCCCUCGGGAUGAGCAGCGUCAGCAAGGGUGA